GAGAGUGCCAGGGGAGUGCCAGGAGAGUGCCAGGAGAGUGCCAGGGGAGUGCCAGGAGAGUGCCACGGGAGUGCCAGGAGAGUGCCACGGGAGUGCCAGGAGAGUGCCAGGAGAGUGCCAGGAGAGUGCCAGGAGAGUGCCAGGGGAGUGCCAGGGGAGUGCCAGGAGAGUGCCAGGAGAGUGCCAGUGGAGUGCCAGGAGAGUGCCAGGAGAGUGCCAGUGGAGUGCCAGUGGAGUGCCAGGAGAGUGCCAGGAGAGUGCCAGGGGAGUGCCAGGGGAGUGCCAGGAGAGUGCCAGGAGAGUGCCAGGGGAGUGCCAGGAGAGUGCCAGGGGAGUGCCAGGAGAGUGCCAGGAGAGUGCCAGGGGAGUGCCAGGAGAGUGCCAGGAGAGUGAUAGUGGAGUGCCAGGAGAGUGCCAGGAGAGUGCCAGGAGAGUGCCGGGAGAGUGCCGGGAGAGUGCCGGGAGAGUGCCGGGAGAGUGCCGGGAGAGUGCCGGGAGAGUGCCAGGAGAGUGCCAGGGGAGUGCCAGGGGAGUGCCAGGAGAGUGCCAGGAGAGUGCCAGGAGAGUGCCAGGAGAGUGCCAGGAGAGUGCCAGGAGAGUGCCAGGGGAGUGCUAGGGGAGUGCCAGGAGUGCCAGGGGAGUGCCAGGAGAGUGCCAGGAGAGUGCCAGGAGAGUGCCAGGAGAGUGCCGGGGGAGUGCCGGGAGAGUGCCGGGAGAGUGCCAGGGGAGUGCCGGGAAAGUGCCGGGAGAGUGCCAGGAGAGUGCCGGGAGAGUGCCAGGGGAGUGCCAGGAGAGUGCCAGGAGAGUGCCAGGGACGCAUGGCGUCGUUGUCCUCGUCGUCGUCGUCGUCACCGACGUCGUCGUCACCGACGUCGUCGUCACCGUCGUCGUCGUCACCGUCGUCGUCGUCGUUGUCCUCGUCGUCGUCGUCACCGUCGUCCCCGUCACCGUCGUCGUCACCGUCCCCGUCGUCGUCGUCACCGUCCCCGUCGUCGUCGUCACCGUCACCGUCGUCGUCGUCACCGUCGUCACCGUCGUCGUCGUCACCGUCCCCGUCGUCGUCGUCACCGUCGUCACCGUCCCCGUCACCGUCGUCGUCGUCACCGUCGUCGUCACCGUCCCCGUCGUCGUCACCGUCACCGUCGUCGUCGUCACCGUCGUCGUCGUCACCGUCACCGUCCCCGUCGUCGUCCCCGUCACCGUCACCGUCCCCGUCACCGUCGUCACCGUCGUCGUCCCCGUCACCGUCGUCACCGUCCCCGUCGUCGUCCCCGUCACCGUCACCGUCCCCGUCACCGUCGUCACCGUCGUCGUCCCCGUCACCGUCGUCGUCACCGUCACCGUCCCCGUCAUCACCGUCACCGUCAUCACCGUCACCGUCGUCACCGUCACCGUCCCCGUCGUCACCGUCACCGUCGUCACCGUCACCGUCGUCGUCGUCACCGUCACCGUCGUCGUCACUUUCCCCGUCACCGUCGUCGUUGUCACCGUCGUCGUCACCGUCGUCGUUGUCACCGUCGUCCCCGUCGUCGUCGUCACCGUCACCGUCGUCCCCGUCACCGUCGUCGUCGUCCCCGUCCCCGUCGUCGUCCCCGUCACCGUCGUCGUCACCGUCCCCGUCGUCGUCACCGUCGUCCCCGUCCCCGUCGUCGUCACCGUCGUCGUCACCGUCGUCACCAUCGUCACCGUCACCGUCACCCCUGUCACCGUCGUCACCGUCACCGUCGUCGUCGUCACCGUCGUCGUCCCCGUCACCGUCGUCGUCGUCACCGUCGUCGUCCCCGUCCCCGUCCCCGUCACCGUCGUCGUCACCGUCACCGUCGUCGUCGUCACCAUCGUCACCGUCACCGUCGUCCCUGUCACCGUCGUCGUCGUCACCGUCGUCGUCCCCGUCACCGUCGUCACCGUCCCCGUCGUCGUCACCGUCACCGUCACCGUCCCCGUCACCGUCACCGUCGUCGUCACCGUCGUCGUCACCUUCACCGUCGUCCACAACAACUCAGCGGGACACUUACCUUUAG